UACCUUUAUAUUUCUCUAUAACAAUUUCUUGGGAUAUUUCAAGUUCUAAUCAGUAUAAAAGAGUCAGAUGUUACGCCGAGAACCAAAACUGAUAAAUUUAUUAAUCAGUCUUUAGAUAAAAAAAACCAAAACUGAUACCUUUAUUAAUCAGUCUUUAGAUCAAAUGUUUAACACUAAAAAUAUUAAUUAACUAUCCAAAAAUUUAAAUUUAACAUGAAUUCAGUGCCACAUGUGGAAUGAAUGAGACCUACUUAGAUAAACCCUUUGUCUUUAGACUCAGUGAGAAUGGUUUAGGACCAAAUCUUCUUGUCCAGGAAUAUUCUCUGAGACCCAGCGCCAUGGCUGAAGCCACGCCUCCGAGAUGUUGGAAUUGUCUAGAUAUUGGCCAUAGACAUUCGUCAUGCCCGAAAUCUUUUACGAGUAAAUUUUGUUUUCUUUGCGGAAACUCAGAGUAUACUUCAGUAAAUUGUCCCAAUUGUAAUAGGAAAUUUUCAAGGAAAGGCCGAGAUCACGUCAAAAGAGCACGAGAAUAAAUCAAUUGAUUAUUCGCUGAGACCGCCCGCGAUGACUGACGAUAGACCGCUAGUUGAUUCCCUCGCUGAGUCCGAUAUUCUUCAACCAAUGACCCGCCUACGUUUGCAGGAAUCCUUGGCGAAAUCACAAGCAGAAUCAUAUCGGCUGGUAGUCUCACUGCACAAGUUAGUUUCCCAAUUGGACCAAGAACGCUGUCGUACCGCCAAGCUGAAAACCAAGGUUAGGAAGCUAAGAAAGAACUACAAUACUGAGAAAAUGAAUCCAUCAUCGAAUCACCCGCAGAAAGAUGCAAUCAAGGUUUAUUGCGACAGAUGUGCUGUCCUUAUAUCUCCCGCCUCAAUAGAGGUUGUCAACGACGAUCGUCCGCUCCAUCCGAACGACUCGCGAUCGACAGGAUCAUCAGAAUCUGUGAGUGAAGGUUCUGCUAUUUCUAUUGCACUACCCUCACAUCUUCAGCCUAUCAAACCACAGUCUGACGAACCAAAGUUGGACCCCUCGAUUCAGCCAUCCGUGCCGCCGACAAUCGAAACCGACCUGAAUUCUAGCGUACCAACACUGGGUGUGAAUUCUACGAAAAAUCCAGUCGUGAUGCCUUCUGUGAAUGGACAAAAUUCUACCGCUUCCAAAGACGCCCCGCCAUCGCCGGAAAACGACACGACAAAGGAAAAUGAGAAAAACCCCGUGAUGUUAGACCCUACAACUAAAUAUACUGGAACCAUUCCUAAAAUAAUUCCUGUAAAGAAUCCCAAACCCGAAAAUUUGCUUGACGUGACCUCGGAAUCCGAGAAUUCUAAAGAUGACGAAAUAUUGCGGGGCAAUGGCUGCCCCAAACGUUGUCACGCUCCCUCUGCUCCCACACACGUCGAGGAAAAUAAGUCGAUAAAACGAAAAGAGCCCCCCCUCCGAGAUCCGUCCCCUCAAUUACCAAAACCCGUUUAUUCUUACUAUCGAUCAAAACCAAAAAUUGGUUGCUGGAAUUGUGCCGAUCCUAACCAUCGCUAUCCUUCUUGCCCCAAGCCUUUUCUGUUCAGAUUUUGUUUCCACUGCGGACUGCCUGGAUAUACAUCACUAAAUUGUCCCGAUUGCGACGGAAAGGAAAAGAUCGAAGGAAAGGACUAUUUUCGCAAGUCACGAAAACAAUAGCUUAUUCCCUGUCCCGAAUCGAAUUGAUUAUAAUAGUUAUUUUUUUUUACGAGAAUCUCUUUCAUUUUUCCUUUCAAACUAAUACUAGAUUAUUACAAAGUAAUUUUUUUGGUUAAUGGUUGACUAUUACCAUAAUUUGGUAUUGAGAAAGUGAUAAAUAAUUUUAUUUUGUAAUCAGAUUAAGAAUUGCAACAAUUGCUGUACCUUUUUUUUAUUAUUUGGUCGGAUAUGGCCUAUAGUACUUGUACUUUGCCAUUUAGUUUUGACUCACUUAGAUCGACAAAUUCCCAGUCCCGUUGGACUAUUUACUAAUUAGAGCAUUUAUCUCGAUGAAACCUUUAUUUCGUAUGAUUAGUUGUAUAGAGAUAUUAUGUAUAGUUAUAUAGUUUAAA